AUCGUGGAGUAGAAGGCAAGCCGCAGACUAAGCACGUGUGCCGAGACAACGACCCGGGACGCUACAUAAGUAUACGCCGAUGGAAGGGCCGACAGGCUUGAUGCAGUAUCGACUGACCGUCAUCGUGACCUUAUGACCUGGACGAGAUGGUUUCUUGACAGAUUCCCUGUCUUUACAUCCUUUUUUCUCCUCCGGUAUCGUGGUAUCAUAAAUAGGACGGGAAUUCCCAAUGGCGAACAUCCCAAGUUUCUUCACGCUAUGGAAAAGACGGCCACGAAUAUUAUUCAGCCACCAGCCCGUUGCUCCAAACUACCAUGGGUUCCCAGAAUAAACCGUCUCGGGCUAUACUCGUCCUCUUAGCCCUAUCAGCAUGGCCGCUAAGUAGCUUCUGUCUUGGGACAUCACACGUAUCCCAAAAACCCCUCCUCAGCCGCGUCUUGAACGACAGUGAAGCACUCCCAGGCUACCGAAAUUCCUCGCUAUGCAUCGACGACAGGGUCGAAGACCUCAUCCAGCGCAUGACGCUAGAGGAGAAGGUCGGCCAGAUGUUCCACGCGAUGCUGUUCCCCGGCCCCAACGGCACGCUGGACCCAGGCAACGAGACGGAGUUCCGGAACAGCACGGACUUCAUGAUCGGCGAGCAGCUGCUGACGCACUUCAACCUCGUCGCCGACAUCGUCGACGCGAAAGAGACCGCCGAGUUCCACAACCUCGUUCAGAAGCGCGCCUUAGAGACCCGGCUCGGCAUUCCCGUGACCCUGUCUUCAGAUCCGCGACACGCGUUCACUGAAAACGCCGGGACAGGGUUCAACGCGGGCCGCUUCUCUCAAUGGCCCGAGACCCUUGGGUUAGCGGCGCUGCGAGACGCGGACUUGGUCCAAAAGUUCGCCGAGGUCGCGCGCGAAGAGUAUCUCGCCGUCGGCCUGCGCACGGCGCUGCACCCGCAAGUCGACGUGUCGACGGAGCCGCGAUGGGCGCGGAUCUCGGGGACCUUCGGCGAGAACGCGGAGCUGACGGCCUCGCUGCUGGCCGCGUACAUAAGAGGCUUCCAGGGCGAGAAGAUGGGCCCGUCCUCCGUCUCCACGAUAACGAAGCACUUCCCCGGCGGCGGGCCGAUGGAGAACGGCGAGGACUCGCACUUCGUCUACGGCAAGAACCAGACGUACCCCGGCAACAACCUCGAGUACCACCUGAUCCCGUUCCGCGCCGCCGUCGCCGCCGGCGCGCGCCAGAUCAUGCCCUACUACAGCCGCCCGAUCGACACGCCGUUCGAGCCCGUCGGCUUCUCCUUCAACAGGCAGAUCGUCACGGACCUACUCAUGGGCGAGCUCGGCUUCGACGGCAUCGUGGUCACCGACUGGGGCCUGAUCACGGAUACCUGGAUCUCGGGCCAAUACAUGCCAGCACGCGCGUGGGGCGUAGAAUCGCUAUCCGAACUCGAGCGCGCCGCGCGCAUCCUCGACGCGGGAUGCGACCAAUUCGGCGGGGAGACGCGUCCCGAGCUGAUCGCCGAGCUCGUGCGGACGGGCGUCGUAUCCGAGUCGCGCAUCGACGUCUCCGUGCGCAAGCUGCUGCGGGAGAAGUUCGUGCUCGGCCUCUUCGACAACCCGUUCGUGGACGCGGACGCGGCCUCCGGCGUGGUCGGCAACGAGUACUUCGUGCGUCUGGGCGCCGAGGCCCAGCGGCGCGCAUACGUGCUCCUCAAGAACGCGGACGACGUCCUGCCUCUGCGCAACCUGGGGCCGGGGACCAAGUUCUACGUCGAGGGGUUCAAUGCGACGUAUAUCACGUCCCGCAACUACAGCGUGGUCACUAGCGUCGGGGAGGCCGACUACGCUCUCCUGCGGCUGGCGGCGCCGUAUGAGCCGCGCCCGGGGGGCUUCGAGUCGAUGUUCCACGCGGGCUCGCUGGAGUUCUCGGACGAAGAGAAGGAGAGGCAGGCUGCUAUCUACGCGGCGGGGGUUCCGACGAUCGUCGAUAUGAUGCUUGAUAGGCCGGCUGCGGUGCCUGAAGUAGCGGAGGGGGCGACGGCGAUGCUGGCUAGUUUCGGGAGCAGCCCUGAUGCAUUCCUCGACGUGGUUCUUGGGUUAGCCGAGCCUGAAGGGAAGUUACCUUACGAUUUACCGCGGUCUAACGAGGCUGUCGCAGCCGGAAUGGAGGAUGUGCCGUUUGAUACUAGAAACCCCGUGUUCAAGUACGGGCAUGGGUUGAGGUAUGCUGAUAGGUGUGGCAAAGGCAAUGGAUCUCCAGGCAAAUGUUAGAGGAAUUAAUGAUCAGAUCGGAAAAUGAACAAUGAAAGAUGCCGUUUGAAUUAUCUUCCUAAACUGCUUCGUUGGGACUAUGGAGCUUGAUGUUAUCAUCUAGCACAUACCUAAGGCUCGUAAAAGAUAUGUUAGAUAUUGUACCAGUAACUUUAGAGAUCCCAAUGCGGCUAGAAACCUCUCCACACGACUCUAGCUCAAUCGAUC